AAACAAAACAAAAUGAAAAAGCUCCAAGGCAAGGUGGCCAUAAUCACUGGAGGCGCAAGCGGCCUGGGCGAGGUCACAGCACACCACUUCGCUGCUCACGGCGCUCAAGCCAUUGUAAUCGCAGACGUCCAAGAUGAGAAGGGCCAAAAAGUAGCGGUAGAAGUCGGCUCCAACAUCUGCACCUACGUACACUGUGAUGUCAGAGACGAGGAACAGGUCAAGAACUUAGUAGAGUUCACGGUGAAAUCAUACGGAUUCCUUGACAUCAUGUUCAGCAACGCGGGCAUAGGGAGAGCGACCCACACCUGUGAUCAGACCGCGUUGGACAUGGACCUGUCGGCUUACGACAAGCUCAUGGCGGUGAACGUGCGUGGGAUGGCGGCGUGUGUGAAGCACGCGGGGAAUGCAAUGGUGGAAGGGCACGUGAGGGGGAGCAUAGUUUGUACGGCGAGCGUGGCAGCGAGCGUUGGUAGCGAGAAGUUCGUGGACUACAUUAUAUCGAAGCACGCGGUGCUGGGGUUGGUGAGGUGCGCGAGCUUGAAGCUUGGGGCGUAUGGGAUACGCGUAAAUUGUGUCUCACCAGGGGCCGUUGGGACGCCAUUGUUGAAGGAUAUGUUCGGGUAUGAAAAUGAGGAAGAGGAUAAGGUGGUAGGGUCAAAUCAGUACUUGAAAGGUGAGGUUUUGAGGCCCAAAAAUGUGGCUGAUGCUGUUGUGUUUCUUGCUUCUGAGGAUUCUGAGUUCAUCACUGGCCAUAAUUUGGCGGUGGAUGGUGGUUGUAAGACUUAG